CUUCACGUGGCGUGCCUCCAACAACCCGUCGAGUGGCAGUUUCCGUUGGCGUUCUGUCAUAGAUACCUCAUUUCUCCGACGGGAAAUCCUGUCAGAAAGGAACAAGAUAAUAAUCGAUUGAAAGAGUCAAGAUGUGGAUCAUAUCGUUUUGGAUAUUCCCAGUGAUAUCCGCUUGCAUGUGGAUUGCAAUGCUCCUUGCAAUGCUGGGUCACUGGGCUGCUAUUGGGACACCUCACUAUGUGAGCAUGGAGAGGACCCAGACGAUUGCUUAUAUAUCCGACAUUGGAGCCACAGGGCUCAAGCCUCUCUUCAUUACCGGCAGUGUUAUCACCGUGGUCUUCCUCGAUCUCGCAUUUCUCUCUGAACGCUGGCUCCGACAUGCACGCAAAUUGGUGCCCAACAAGGGCAAAUGGGACAAAGCCUGCGCGUGUAUCUCCAUUUUCUUCUCCAUCGCUGGUGCGCUGGGUCUGAUCUUGCUGUCUAUCUACGAUACUGUCCAUUAUCCACAUGUGCAUGAUGGCUGCCUUCUUUUGUUCAUGGUUGCUUAUCUGAUCAGCGCCAUCUUCAUCUGUCUCGAGUAUCUCCGACUGGGAAUUUUCUACCGUGGUCAGCACCGCAUACUUUUCGCCAGUUUUUGGAUCAAGCUAUCGUUCAUUGUCAUUGAGGUGGCCCUCGCAAUCGGGUUUGGUGUCUGUCACCAACAUCCUGACAGGAGAAAUGCCUCCGCAGUCUUGGAGUGGGUGAUCGCUUUGGUCUUCACAUUCUACGUCCUCUCGUUCGUCAUUGACCUGCUGCCGUCUGUGCGCACGCGCACUCGCGUACCUCAGGGCGAGAAGAACCUCGCGAUGGCUGAGGCCGGAGUCGGAAGGGGCAGCACUGUCUCUUAUGAACGCCCGCUCACUGUGGACUCUGCUGGACCGAAUACCAACACCUACCGGGGCCAAGUGGUCGAUGGCCGUCCACUUCAGAAUCCGAAUCCUGACGUCAACUUCUAAUCUCAUUCGCCUGUCACACAGUCGCUUUACCAUAUUUCAUUUUGCGCCAUACUAUCUAAUUCCCUUUGGUUCGUAUUCUGCAUGCAUGAUCCGGCGGCUUAUGGGUUGUCUUGUUUCGUGUCCUCUCUU